CCGUAUACUCGUUUGGUCUGUGUGUUACAAAAAAAAAAGAAAUAAAACUCUUAUUUGGAUGGCACAGAUGCCUAAUAAUAGAUUGUUGUUUAAUUCUUGUAAUGGAUAAAUGAAUUACUGUAUCUAUGUCGAUUACUUUAUUCGAAUUAAAUAUUUAUACACCUUUUGGGUCGAUCGUAAAGAGCUUGUUGUAAGUCUUUUAACAAUUUCCAUCUGUGUUUCUCAAAUGAAUGAUUGAUUGAUUAUGUUUCUUGUUCCAGGCGGAUGGGCGUCACCAAGCUCCCAAAAUCCAGUCGUCUCGACAAUCUCCUGAACACGCCACAGGUAAUGUUUUUUUUUUAAUGGAUGGUAAUGGAAUGAUAACCCCGUCUGCGCUAUCGGUAUACAUCGGCGGGGCACCAGUGAAGGAUGAUAGGUGAGGAUGAAGCAGGUCAGUUAGCCCAUCGUGACGAAUUCUACAAGAAUUGUUCACGAUGAUUUCCAGGGGGAACCACGUGAAGGUCGAUCUAAUAAGGCAUAUUGCUAGCAAUGGGGCUGUUAAACUUCAUUGCAAACAAUCCCUUCCCCCUACAUUGUUAACCACGGAUCUCAACAAAAUACGGGCCUGCCUGGGGAGAGAAGGCAUUGUUACUAAUGAGGAUUAGAAACCCCAUUGAUAGUAAUAAAUCCUAUUAGAUCUACCUUCUCGCGGUUCCUCCUGGAAACCAUCGCUAUUGAAUUCAACAAUAAAUGUUGAAUUUGUCAUGUUGGGCUAACUGUCUUGCUUCAUCCUCACCUAUCAUCCCUGACUGGUGCCCCGAAAGUAUAUGUUGACAGCGUAGACGGCGUUAUCAUCACCAUAACCACUUUCCAUCAAGUGAGUCAUCAGAUUGUUUGUGAGUUUAAGUUGCAUAAAAGAAACUAAUAAUUCCUUUCCUCCAAUAAUGCGGUAAUCAGUUUUAUAGGUUAAGACUGUCUAGAUUCCGGUUCUUCUGGGCCCGGCAAUCUCUGUUAUCUCCAUAUUGUGCCCGAUAUUACAUUGAGAUAAAACAAAUGGUGAUAAUACGUAAUCGUAUGAUGCAGAUCCAGACGGCAACAUGACUGUGGCGCGCGGCGAAGGCUCCCCAGAGCGUCUGGGGGGCGCCCUAAGACGGCUACACUACAAGGCGACGAGGCGUGCCCACUCAGCGGCUGCGAGGCAUCACAACACCGCCACCACGCCUAAGCAGGUGGUCGUCAUGGGUAGCAGCACGACAUCAGACAAGACCAUCAACACCAGCACCGACUCCGCAGCCACUGCCCUCACCUCCAUCACGGGGACAGACGACUCCAUGGAAGCUGAACCUGAACCGCCUGAGUUGCCGCACCAAUCCCCAAGCCUCAUGGACGCGGAGCCCUUUCACAACCCCCCAAGCACAGCCCCACCUCACUAUCAUCGAGCUCAGAAUAGUUGCGAAUUGGAAUCUCCCGUUUACACAAAACCCCAGUCAGCUUCAGACGUCAUAGAUUCCCCCAGACCAGGGCCGGCCAGAUUUGUCUUCGACGUUCCAUUGCCAGAUCCGAAACGGUUUGAGAAGAAGAGAAACAAAACACAAGUCAACGUAGCUAGUGGUCCUUCAACGUCUAUACAGAUACCAUACGAUCCUAAAAUGGAAAUGCCUAAAAGUCCAAAAGCCAAUCAGUCCAAAUAUGAAACGCAUUUCAAAUUCGAACCGGAACCGGUCAAAAGACGUGGCAGUGAACCAAGGAUGAAGAAUAAACAGAAGUUAGAUAAACAAGAGUACUAUAAAGAUGAGGUUGCAAAGUUGAGGAGGCAGUUGGAGGGUACAGAAGUAUUUACGACGAGUAGAAGACGAUCUUCCGCACACCAGCACUCGGUGCCUCCGCCUUCAUCUAGAAGGCAAUCUACAGCCCAAGUCCACGUCACAGCUAACCCCUUAGACUCGGCGGCCUCAACCAUACCGGCCGGCCGUACGACCAUCGUGGUGCAACAGCCGUCUCUCUCCCUCGACUAUGGAGGCUGUUCCACUAUCCUCGUGAGGGACGAGGACGGAAGACGCAAGAGCAGGGUCUGCAGCGAUCACAUACAACAGCUGCUGGAUGUGACGAGCCAGUUCACUUCUGAGGAUCUUCACGAUUUUGACAAGAGGUAUGGAAGUCCCCACCACUCCAGAUCUCAGUCAGUGAAAGCAGCGAGGUCGCGGACUGGGGAGCGCCAACUCCUCGGCUUGCCUCAACAGAGGGCGCGAGUGGCUUCUAUGCCAAAUACGGGUGUCGAAGAGGAGUACUAUAGACUUAGGCAUUUUAGCAUUACUGGUAAAGGUGUAGUGAACCGCGGUGAUUCACUUCGUUCUAGAAGAUCACGUUCUAAUACUUCUGUGGCAUCCAGCGCGUCCAGUACCGAAGCCGUCACCAGAGCCUCAGCACCCUGCUCUCUAGCUUCAUCAAGAGACUCCUCGGCGGGAUUGAGUGCUUAUAGAGUGUUGGUGCUGGGCGCUCCGGGAGUCGGCAAGUCCAGUCUGGUGGGGCAAUUCAUGACGUCGGAGUACUUGCACGCGUAUGACACUAGUAUAGACGACGAGUCCGGCGAGAGAUCAGUAUGUGUUCUGCUAGCUGGCGAAGAGUCCGAAAUUACGUUUCUGGACUCGCCGCCGGAUCAUAUCAUUUCCGAAGGCUGCGCCCACGGUUACUGCGUGGUGUAUUCUACAGCCGACCGCAGCAGCUUCGCUGAAGCGGAGCGCAGGCUGCAAGCGUUGUGGGCGGCGGGGCACACCUCCCGCCGCGCCGUCAUCCUAGUUGGCAACAAGGCUGACUUGGCCAGGUCCAGGGCGGUUCCUACUGAUGAGGGGAAAAGCUUGGCGACAUCUUACGAAUGCAAGUUUAUAGAGACAUCUGUGGGAAUCAACCACAACGUGGACGAGCUGCUGGUGGGGCUCCUCACGCAGAUCAGGCUGAAGCAGCAGCACGCCGAGAGAGUCAGAAAACGCAGCGGUUCACGCAAGAACCGGAGUCGCACCAGGUCGCCCAUGGAUACGGAGACGCCCGCGGCGCCAGCUCCGCCGCCCACGUCCGCGUCUGCGGCCAGCACUCCCAGAAAGAGGACCAGGCUGUCAGCCAGUGUUAAGGUCCGUGGCUUGCUAGGCCGCGUUUGGGCGAGAGAUUCCAAGUCGAAAUCGUGUGAAAACCUCCACGUGCUCUAGCACUCGGCCGCCGAGCCCGUCGCCUGCUUCCCAUUCUUCGAUUGCGCCGCUGAUUACACAUAAACCGACCUCACCGGCAUUGGGAUAAGGUCUAAAAUGAACCUGGAGAGUGAAAAUCUAACUCACAAUCAAAUAUAUUUUACUAACUUUUACCCGCGUCUUUGCGUGGCCAGGAUAUGUUGGACUAUGAUGAUAAUUAUCUUAUGUCCCUCUCCAUCCCAUACAAUAUCAGUGUACCAAAUUGCAUAGCGAUUGGUUAAGCCGUUAAGGUGCUAAGUGGCAACGAAUAAAUUCAUUUUUCACAUUUAUAAUAUUAGUAAACAAAUGUUUUUUUUUUUUUUUUUAAGAAUCCGUUUUGAAAAAAAAAAGUUUAAAUUGAGAAAAGAAAAAAAAGUAUUAUUUUCUCCUUAGCUUUGUCCUAGAACAGCUAUGAUCUCUCUACCAGGUUUGUAUUAGACUAAGUCGAUAUAUUUGACGACAAAACAACGCUUACCUCUAAUAGAUUUUUUUUUACAUUUAAGAAAUAUAAGUAACUGAAACGCGAAUAGCGUUUCAGUAAUAAAUUAUUAAUAAGUAAAUUAUUAAAAAAAAUAGAAAUAAUACCAUAUAACAACUAAGAAGCAUCAAUUAUAAAAAUAUAAUAAUAAGGAAUAACACCUGAGUCCUCAGGAAUGGCAACGUAUAGAGGGUAUCAUGGGCGAAACAGUAUACUCUGUUAUGUCCAUUGUACUGCUCAUGUCUAUAGGCGACGGUUACCACUUUCCAUCAGGUGGGCCGUCAGCUUGUUUGCCAUUCUAAGUUGCAUAAAAAAAGAAAUAAAGAAAAUAAAUACCUGUAGUACCUACAGUUGAGAUUAGAGCAAGCUUGGAAAGAUAAAUGUUGUACUAAGAAAUGAAAGAAA